GAAACUUGGAGGAGGUGGAUGUUACUGUCAGUCAUUGACGCUUUUUUUUUUUCUCUCUCUCUCUUUGACAUUAAAAACUCAAAGGAACGCUUAUAUUCCUUGCACCACUGACUCUCCUGCAACUUACUAUUCACUACCACUGGAAGACUAGUGGCAUCUACAGUAUAAGAGUGCAGAACACGACCAACAUAACUCUUAACAUGCAAGUGUUUUAGGCUGCUGCUGAUCACAACAGCUGACUAAAAGACCUCUCGACACCCGUGUGGGCUGUUGAUGACCACACUGACCUACCAAUAGACCUUUCAACAUACACGUGUGAAGGCCUGCUAACAACCACACAGCAGCUGAUCAACAGACUUUUCAAUAUCCUUGCGUGUUGGACUGCUGAUUACAACACAGCAGCUGACCAACAGACCUCUCAACAUCCAUGUGUGGCGAGCUGCUGAUGACCACACAGCAAUUAAGAUAAUGGAGACCUUCUAGAAGGGUACACCAGACCAGACGCUUGGGUUAUACAUCCGUGAAGACAGCAAAGACACCAAGAUUCUGUAUCAGUUCCGAUGGAAGAAAUGAAGGAAAGUGCUAAACUACAUAAAGCUUCUAUCUCUGUCUCUAUUUCAGGUAAAGAACUUGAAAUAAAGGAGAUACUAGAACGACAGAAACUCAUUCCAAGAAAGACAAAUAAGAGGGGAAAAAAAUGUCUCUCUCUAGAAGAUAGUAAAUGCAGUCAUAAUACUGGUCAUAAAGUGGAUAAAUAUACGAAAGAAGAUAUUUCCUCUCGUUUGAAAGAUGCGACUAAAAAUGAUAUUAAAGAGUCAGACAACAAUGGAAAAAGACCUGUUGUAAAAGAAAGAAAGGAAUGUGCCAAUGAACAUCAAAACUCUACCUUUGCCUCUAUCUCACAGCCAGACCAAAUGAUGCAGAUGCUAAAACGGCAGGAACAAAGGCUAAAGAAGACGAGACAUGUACAAAGUGAUUGUAAGAAGAAAACAUAUGUUAUUCCAGAGGACAAUAAAUGCAAUCCCAAUACUGUACAUAUAGUAGAUAAAAAUAAGAAGAUAGAUAUUUCUUCCGUUUCGAAUGACAGCAACAAUACUGUUGUGUCUGAUACCAUUAUAAAUAAUCGUAGAGGAUCAGACAACAGUGCAGGGUCUAGUACAUGGCAGAGAGGUUCCCAAUGGAGUGGCCAGACGAGGUACUAUGGGGGCCACACAAUUACUAUACGUUCAAGCAAUAAGAUCACAACUGCACCUUCAAUCAUUGUCAAGAAUUGCUCCUGUUGUGGGAAGAGGUUCCUGAAUAACAUAAAUGAGAAUAACAAGGCACUGUGCAUCAUAUGUGAACAUGACGUUCAUGAAGAGGGCAUUUACUUCUGCCAUCAUUGUGACCUUAACUUUGAUGAUGAAAGCGAUCUGUUACGGCACUGGGAACUUCAUCUGGAUAUCCCAGUAUGGAGGUGCUUCAGAUGUAAGCGUAGGUUCCUAGAUGAGGGCAAGCUAAAGAACCACUGCUGCCUCACACCUAGCAAACCUGAAGAUGAAAAAAAUAAACAAGAUUUUUUUGCCUUUUUCUCGCAUGAAUUCAGAAAUCAGGAAUAAAAAAGCAGAAUUUUCCUGCUAGUAACAUUGAUGUAAAUCACUUGUUCUUAGUAAUAUUGCUAUUACUGUACUUCAUGAAAAUCUUGUAUUAUUACUUUUUAACUAAUAUUAAUAUAACCCCAAAGUGAUGUAUUUAAUCUUAUAUAUCUUAGCACCUUACAUAGUUUAUCACUUGCUACUGAGUGUAAAUGCACAUUUUUAAGUCUUCUGAGUAUAUACGCUGUAUGACCCUGGUAGGCAUAUAGGCUUUGACUUAGAGGAGGAUUUUUUCAAAUUAAUGUUUUACUCAGAAUGUCAAAUUUUGUAUUAUUUUAUUUAGCAGAAAUCCUGGUUUCCCUUUUUUUUAUUAUAAAAUUUAUAUCUACAAAUAUUUUAUUGCAUCAUUUGGUUUACUGUUAAUUACAUUAUUUAUUAAUGCAAUGUUAUGUUCUUAGUAAGGAAAGCCAUUAAUGGAUAAUGUCAAAUCUUUGGGUACAGAAACCAGUAAAUAUUGAAGCAGCUGUUAUCAGAAAGUCAGUUUUUUUUUUUGACGUUUUACUUAUAAAUAAUAUUAAAGCCAUUAUUCAAUGUUUUCAAUUUCCUUGAUAAUGAUGUAUAUGGAUAUUUUAGUUAGUGACAUCAAAUUAUUAUUAUUAUUAUAAUCAAACGCUGUAUAGCCCUUGUGGCUUAGCGCUUCUUUUUGAUUAUAAUAAUAAUAUUAUAAUCAAAAAGAAGCGCUAAGUCACAAGGGCUAUACAGCGCUGCAGGGCAGGAAGGAAGCGAGGGCAUCAGGUGGCAAAAGGGAGGUGGAUGAGUAAGGACAAAAAUGUUUGGAGUAUGUGAUGAAAUAAUGGUAUGCUUUAUUUUUAUAUUAAAGGUUAAGAAUAUUCCACACAUUUCUGUUAUUUAAUCAUACAAGCAACAGGAAUUUAAUUAUCUUUAUUAUUAUUAUUAUAAUCAAAACAAAGCACUGAACCCACUAGGGUCAUACAGCUAUAAUGUUCUUAAAAUUCUUUAUGUUUAAUAUUAUUGCAAAAGUUUGUUAUGCUUAUUAUUCCGAAUAAUCUUUGAUGUAUAACCAAAAAUAUCUCCUAAAAUUGAACAAAGUAUUGUUUAUGUACAAACAAGUGAUCAUCAACCCUCGAACUAGUUUUAUAUUUGUUCCUCUCACUCUAAAAUGCCCAAUAUUUUUCUGUUAUACAGAAAAGUAGAAUUGAUUAAAUAUAAGGGCAAGAUAUUGCAGUAGUAUUAUAGUGUCAUCACACUGGGCUGCAUGCACUGGCUUCUCUAAUCAGAAUUAGUAUAACUCAGAGGAAAGGACUCUUUCCUACAAAUGAUUAUGAACAGUUCCUUAAGUAUACAUGAUGAAUAUGUAUACAGUGGUACCUUUACCUUGACUUACGAGUUUAAUUCGUUCUGUGACCAAGCCCAUAACUCAAUUUGCUCAUAUAUCGAAUCAGUUUUCCUCAUUGUAAUUAAAUGAAAUGCGAUUAAUCUGUUCCAGCCCAAAAAAAACCACCCCAAUUUUAUUGUUAUGGGUUUUUAAAUAAGAAAAAUGUAUUUGUUAUUAACACAUCGGCCGAUUCCCACCAAGGCAGGGUGACCCGAAAAAGAAAAAUUUUCAUCAUUCACUCCACUGUCUUGCCAGAGGGGUGCUUUACACUACAGUUAUAAAACUGCAACAUUAACACCCCUCCUUCAGGGUGCAGACACUGUACUUCCCAUCUCCAGGACUCAAGUCCGGCCUACUGGUUUCCUUGAAUCCCUUCAUAAAUGUUACUUUGCUCACACUCCAACAGCAUGUCAAGUAUUGAAAACCAUUUGUCUCCAUUCAAUCCUAUCAAAUACGCUCACGCAUGCUUGCUGGAAGUCCAAACCCCCGCACACAAAACCUCCUUUACCCCCUCCCUCCAAACCCUUCCUAGGCCGACCCCUACCCCGCCUUCCCUCCACUACAGAUUUAUACACUCGAAGUCAUUCUGUUUUGUUCCAUUCUCUCUACAUGUCCGAACCACCUCAACAACCCGUCCUCAGCCCUCUGGAUAAUAGUUUUGGUAAUCCCACACCUUCUCCUAAUUUCCAAACUACAAAUUCUCUGCAUUAUAUUCACACCACACAUUGCCCUCAGACAUGACAUCUCCACUGCCUCCAGCCUCCUCCUCAUUGCAACAUUCAUCACCCAUGCUUCACACCCAUACAAGAGUGUUGGUACAACUAUACUCUCAUACAUUCCCCUCUUUGCUUCCACAGACAAAGUUCUUGGUCUUCACAGACUCCUAAGUGCACCACUCACCCUUUUUUCCUCAUCAAUUUUAUGAUUCACCUCAUCCUUCAUAGGCCCAUCUGCUGACACAUCCACUCCUAAAUAUCUGAAUAUAUUCACCUCCAUACUCUCUCCCUCCAAUCUGAUAUCUAAUCUUUCAUCACCUAAUCUUUUUGUUGUCCUCAUCACCUUACUCUUUCCUAUAUUCACUUUUAAUUUUCUUCUUUUACAUACCCUACCAAAUUCAUCCACCAACCUCUGCAGCUUCUCUUCAGAAUCUCCCAAAAGCAGUGUCAUCAGCAAAGAGCUAAUGUCACAACUCCCACUUUGUGUUAGAUUCUUUAUCUUUUAACUCCACACCUCUUGCCAAGACCCUCGCAUUCACUUCUUUUACAACCCUAUCUAUAAAUAUAUUGAACAACCAUGGUGACAUCACGCAUCCCUGUCUAAGGCCUACUUUUACUGGGAAAUAAUCUCCCUCUCUCCUACAUACUCUAACCUGAGCCUCACUAUCCUCGUAAAAGCUCUUCACUGCUUUCAGUAACCUACCUCCUAUACCAUACACCUGCAACAUCUGCCACAUUGCCCCCCUAUCCACCGUCAUAUGCCUUUUCCAAAUUCAUAAAUGCCACAAAAACCUCUUUAGCCUUAUUUAAAUACUGUUCACCUAUGUUUUGCUGUAAACACUUGGUCUACACAUCCCCUACCUUCCCUAAAGCCUCCUUGUUCAUCUGCUAUCCUACUCUCUGUCUUACUCUUAAUUUUUCAGUAAUAAGCUCUACCAUACACUCUACCAGGUACACUCAACAGACUUAUUUCCCUAUCAUUUUUGCACUCUCUUUUAUCCCCUUUGCCUUUAUACAAAGGAACUAUGCAUGCUCUCUGCCAAAUAAGAAAUUAUUUUUGCCCUUUUCACCAGGUCCCAGCAUUGUUUUAGAAAUGCUGGAGUAUAUAUGAAACUCCUUGAAGCACACUGUAAGACGAGUGUCGCUCUGUUGCUGACAGUGCAGCACUGGAGUUAAUUUGAUGAUCAUGCACUGCCUUGGCUUUAUUUUUCACUGUUACACAAACAUGUCUAUCUGUUUGCUUCUAUCUGUUUCUAUUUGUCUGUCUGUCUAACUCUAUGUUUAUCUCUGUCUCUGCUUAUCUGUCUUUCUGUCUUCCUGUCUCUCUACUUGGCUGUUUCAAAGAGAAAGCCGCUCAUGAACCAACAGGUAUUACACACGAUACAGAGUUGUCAUGUAUGAUUCCUGAACAAAUGAAAAUGUGUAUUACUUGCCAGUCAUGCUUAUUAUGCCUUAUAUCUACAAGCAUAGUAUAGCACUGGAUAGUAUAGUCUGGAUUUUUUGGGUUAUCCUAGGUAAUUUACACUAUGUAUAACUGUAGUAUUUAUGUGUACCUGUGAGAGACAGAGACAGGCAGACACACAGAUAGACAGAGACAGAUAGAUACAGACAGACAGGAGAUAGACAGAGCCAAGCAAAUCAGCCAGCCAGCCAGCUGGCCACCCAACCAGCUGGCCUGCCGAACAUGUAUUACACGUUCCAGAAUUGUUUCUCUUUACUUAGGGCAUACUUUAUAGAACAUUCUGGCAGGAUGACACUACCAGUGGUAUCAAAACUGAAAGUAUGUUACACAUUGAUUAUUCUUGAGGUUUUUGAUAUUUCCUCUCUCCUACGAGCGGCGGCAUGUCUGAAGCUCACUUGUAACUUGGAUUUUGGUUUGCAACUCAAAGCAAAAAAUCGUAACUUGGAAAACUCGUAAGUUGGGGCACUCAUAAGUCAAGGUACCACUGUACUGUACUGAAAAAGUAA